CCGAUGAGUUCCAUAUCAGAUUCCAAUUCGUUCUCUAAUUUAUCGACUCCAUCGAAUUCAUUUCCGGCCGAUAAUUCCCAACGGGAAUCUUUCGCUUUUGAUGAUCUUUCAAACAUUGAAUGUGUUUGCCCAAUUUGCAAUGAAUCUAUGAUUUCGAUCCUCCAACUUAAUAGGCAUUUGGAUGAUGUGCAUAUAGAUACUUCUGCUGACCAAAGAGAUGGUAUCAUUCAAUGGUUUAAGAAAGCUCAAACUACUAUUUUGAAUCCAUUAUCUUCAAAGACAAAAAAUAUUGCAAAUUUACCCCAAAUUGCCAUUAACAAACUUAAUGAUCUUGACGCUAAUUGGUUGGAUUCUCAAUCUGAUCUUGUAACUAAAAUUCAUUGGCAAAUGGAAGGCGAAAAUGAUAUAUGCUCUAAUUCUUCAUGUGAUAAGUUUUUAAACUUGAGGAAUGGAAAACAUAAUUGUAGAAAGUGCGGAAAACUUUUUUGUGAUUCUCACUGCCGUGUACCUAUGAAAUUGAAUAAGCAAGCACUAUAUGAUCCUGCUAAUGGUUAUUGGUGUAGAGUAUGUGAUGAUUGUUUUCAAUCUCGUGAAGGUUAUUUAGAUACCGAAGGUGUGGUAAGAAGUCACACUACAACAUUCAUCAAAAGCAGAACAAAGGGCAUUGAAAGGGCGCAUUUAGAAGGAAAUCGUUUGGAAAAACGUUUGGAAAAGCUUGCCAAAGUUUAUGCUACUAAUGCAAACCCUGAAAAUAACCCACAAGGUGGAUUAAAACCUCCUUUAUCUAUGAUGCAUAGAAGAAGAGCUUCUGAACAGUCUGUUGUUAAAUGGGAAGAUGAUGCAUCAGUGACAAAUUGUCCUUUAUGCGACAUUCAAUUUGGCAAGAUAACAAACCGCAGGCAUCAUUGCCGUUUAUGUGGACGCGUAGUUUGUGAAAAAUGUUCUUCUAAAAUUUCCUUGAAUUUAACAGAAUCAGCAGACCAAGAUUCUGUUGGUGAAGUCAGGGCAUGUAAGCAAUGUAGAGAUGCUGUAUUCAGGAGAAAAGAAUAUAAUGAAGAAAUUUCAAAGACUCCACCAGUCGUCAUGUUGUAUCAGAAAUUAAUGAAAAUCAAGACCGCAAUUGAUACUACAUUGCCAAAGUUUCAAGACAUGCUUAUCAUGUUAAAGAGUCAAGAAAUAGUUAAUCAGACACAUGCCGAUUAUCAGCUCGCAGCACGAACGCGAAAAGAACUUUUGGAUAAUUUUGCUCAAUUUGAUUCGAUUAGUAAAAAAAUUAAUUCAUUACUUUCGCGUUCCAAGUCCGAAAAACGAUUACAAGCCAAUAUUCAUUUAGCAGCAAACCAAUAUCUUCAACAAAAUAUGUUACCACUUAAAGUUUUACCAAAACUUCUUAAGAAAGAUCAUGACAAUGAACAUGAAUAUGAUUACCAUCACGAAUCAUCACCAGAUAUGCUUCUUUCAGUGUUCGAGAAUGGUAGAACUCGUUCAAUUUCUACAUCUUCCACUAAAUCGUUAAAAGGUGAAGAAAAAAUUAGAGAACAAUUAGAAGUACUUUUGGAACAAGAAAAAUUAGUUCAAGGUUAUAUCGUAGAGGCGACUAAGCAACGUAAAUUUGAUGACGUAAAAACUUUAAAGACUUCAUUAGAUGAAUUAAAAGUAGAAAUUAACAAAACAAGAAAGGAGCUUGGUGAUUUAUGGGCAUGA